CUGAUGAAGCAGGGGGGAAGUCCAUCAGGAUGUACGUGACGAGCUAAUUCUUAACCUAGAAUAAAGAUGACUGCAAGAGAAACAGCUACGCGCAAAGGGACAAUUAUUCCUAAAUCCCGGAAGAGUUUACUUUCACUUGAUGUAAAUGCAGUGUCUCCACAGCAAAGAGAGAGGUAUCUGGCAUUUGCUGAGCCCACUGAGGAACCAGUGAAAUCCAUGCUGGCUUCAGACAUUCUUAUGAUGGAUAAAAUUUCACACGAGCACUCCAUGCGUGAAAGAGACGCAGAGCAAAAGAAGCAGGCCAGGGUCAUUGGGCUGCUCAAGGCUGCAGAAGCCCGGAACCGCCUUCGAAACGUGAGACUCCGAUUUCAGAACUUGAGAGCUCAGGAAAUAAACCAUCUGAUAUCCUGCCAGAAAACUGCCAGAGGCGCUGUGAGACUGGAGGUGUUUCUCCCACCCCGAAAGAACAUUCAGAAACUAGCAGAUAACUUGGACAGAGUUCAGAGGAGUAGAGUUGAAGCGAUACUAGAAGAUGAAAAUGGCGAAAUAUUCAUUAGAAGAACCUGA